AUGGGUUCAAAGGCAGUAGCUAGGCGUGAAAUAGAGGCGUCUUUAAAACUAAGUGCCAGUAAAGCCUCUGUUUUAUGGUACAAGAAAACUGUCUUCAAACGGCUUUUGAGGGAGUUAAUUGAAAUUUGGCCUGUGACUCCAGAAGAUAUCGAAACUCAGAAUGUCAAAGAUAAAAGUUUGAAAACGCUGCGCAGUGUCCAUGCUUGUCAAGUGUGUGUAUGGGUGACGAUAAGUAGCGAUCUCUUAUUUUCGGGGUUUGCAAGUCACAUUGUUUUAUUACUUCGCAUUCUUCAAGAUCGGCUUAAAAACCUCACCGUUACUGGUAAAAGCGAGACAGAGUAUCAUCAAAGAAUUGUGGAAUGUAUCAAACUUCAUCAACGCCUUAUAAGAUAUUGCAAGGACAUUGGUGAAGCAUUUUCCUUUGUGAACUUAGUAAAUAUAGUCCUCAGUUCUAUCAAUAUUUGUUGCGUUGUUUUCACAAUAUUGCUUUUAGAACCUCUCGUGGCGGUAAGCAAUAAACUUUUCCUAAUGUCUGCCUUAACUCAAGUGGGUAUACUGUGCUGGUACGGCCACGACAUUAUUCAUGCGAAACUUAAAAGUGGAGGGCCCUGGACGGCAGCCCCGGAUGCCCUGCGCGGCCCUGCCACAUGCUACAUUAUAUAA